CAAGACUACCAUUUGCAUAACACCACACUCCUCUUUCUUGUCUGCCAACAUCCCUCUGCUUGAUAUCCAUCUUGUCCAGAUCCGCGUACUGUGUGGUUUGCGUCCGCUCAAUCCCUCACCAUUCAUUCACGCCUACUCUCAUGUGCAGUCCUGUUUGGUUCUUUGCGUUCUUCAGCACAGACAGAAAAGCAAGGGAAUUUUUGUCACUCUGAUAUUUCCGGACAGAAAAACACCUUUAAAGCUCUACAAGAUUUGAGUUUUGAAGACAUUCCGACUGAUCCAUGCGGGACGACAGAAGACACAGCCAGUUAUUUUAUUUAUUAUUUUACGCAUCAACAACCGCACGUAGCCUGGAGAAAAAAGCUGAAAAUGCAUUGUGGGCUUGAAACAUAACUUAGCCCUGUGGAAGCUGUCUCCGCGAUAGUACUUGCGAGGAGAAUUUAACAAGAGGAACUCAUCCGUGUGUUAAGUUUGCUUAGGUAGACUACCUGUCAGAAAAAAAAUCGAAAGAAAGAAGAAUCGUGGAAAGCUACGCAUCAUUUCCAAGACACCAGCGCAACAAGCCAACACCAUUACACCAGCUUGCUGUGUGAAUGGCACACGGGGUGUCUUCCUCUAUUGAACUGGUGCAUGGUAGCCCCGCUGUGACCAGGGUCCAGUUGAAAUUCUCGGCUUUCUAGCGGAAUGAAAGAUAAGUUUAUCUCCUGAGGCCACAACUUCCACCCUGAGCUGACUCACUGACACCUGCCACCAGACGUUCACAUGUGAUGCGAAUUGAACUCCGGAACCAGAAGACUCCAAGCAUCAUUGCGCUGCCAUGUCACUACCCAAGCGUGGUCUGAAUUUCACUCCACCUAUCACACCAUGUAUGUUCAUCUCCAUCCUGCUGGUGCUGCUCCCAGGAGUCACACAAUUCUCCCAGGGCAGCCCCAGAAAUGAAGACAAUCACAGCACAACAGGUAACUGCUCCAGUGAAGAUAACUGCUCCGAUGGCGUGGUCCUGCCCAUGUGGAACCCUCAGAACCCUGCGGUAGGCGACAAGGUGGCACGUGCCAUUGUCUACUUUGCGGCCCUCAUCUACAUGUUCCUGGGCAUGUCCAUUAUCGCAGACCGCUUCAUGUCUUCUAUCGAGGUCAUCACCUCUCAAGAGAAGGAGAUCACCAUUAAGAAACCCAACGGUGAGACGACCACGACUACUGUGCGCAUCUGGAAUGAGACGGUAUCGAACCUGACAUUGAUGGCCCUGGGCUCAUCUGCUCCAGAGAUCCUGCUGUCAGUCAUAGAAGUGGUGGGCCAUAACUUUGAAGCUGGAUCUCUGGGUCCAAGCACCAUUGUGGGCAGCGCUGCGUUUAACAUGUUCAUCAUCAUCGCUCUCUGUGUCUACGUGGUGCCAGAAAACGAAAUACGCAGGAUAAAGCACCUGCGGGUGUUUUUUGUCACUGCUGCCUGGAGCAUAUUUGCCUACAUCUGGCUCUACCUCAUCCUGUCCGUGUUCUCCCCCGGAGAGGUGGAGCUUUGGGAGGCCAUCCUUACCUUCUUCUUCUUCCCUGUCUGUGUGCUGCAAGCUUGGAUUGCAGAUCGCCGCCUGCUCUUCUACAAGUAUGUCAACAAGCGCUAUCGUGCUGACAAGACCCGUGGCAUUAUCAUCGAGUCAGAGGGAGAUGCCAUGUUCACCAAAAUGGACUUGGAGAUGGACGGCCAGGGUGUUAACUCCCACACUCACCCCAAAGAGGCUCUGGACGGCAUGCUGGAGGGAGUGGAGGAAGGUGGAGGGAUGAGUGCGGAACAAGAUCAAGAGGAGGAGGCCAGGCGAGAUAUGGCGCGCACUUUGAAAGAUUUAAAACAGAGGCACCCGGAGAAGGACAUGGAGCAACUGAUUGAGAUGGCAAACUACCAAGUCCUGGUCCAACAGCAGAAGAGUCGGGCCUUCUAUCGCAUUCAAGCCACCCGCAUGAUGAUUGGAGCCGGGAACAUCUUGAAGAAGCACGCUGCAGAUCAGGCCAGGAAGGUGGUCAGUUGCCACGAGGCCAGCGGGCAAGAGGAGGAUCCCAACACCAUCUACCUGCAGUUUGAACCCUCUCACUAUCAGUGCUUUGAGAACUGUGGCUCACUUAAGCUGUCAGUGACCCGGCAUGGAGGAGAGAGUGGCUGCACUGUGAAGGUGGACUACCGGACAGAGGAUGCGACUGCCAAUGCCGGCUCAGAUUAUGAGUUUGCUGAGGGCACUCUCGUCUUUAAGCCUGGUGAGACGACAAAAGAAUUCACAGUAGGCGUUAUUGAUGAUGACAUAUUUGAAGAGGAUGAGCACUUCUACGUGCGCCUCAGCAAUCCACGCAUCGUGCACCGGGCCGAGGUGUCCGUCCUGGAGCCGAGCUCCAUCACCUCCAGCAACAGCAUGGUGGGCCUCUCCCCUCACGUUCCUCCAAAGGCAGCCCUCGGCAGCACUCACACUGCCACAGUGACGAUCUACGACGACGACCACGCUGGUAUCUUCACAUUUGAGAACAACUCCUCGAGGGUCAGCGAGAGUGUCGGCAACAUGCAGGUGAAGGUUCACAGGACGUCCGGGGCGAGGGGGAAGGUGGCAGUGCCCUACCACACUGUCGAGGGCACCGCCAAGGCAGGGGAGGACUACGAGGAGGUGUCCGGCAAGCUGGAGUUUCAGAACGAUGAGACCAUGAAGCUGUUGAAUGUGAAAAUCAUCGAUGAUGAAGAGUACGAGAAGAACAAAACUUUUACGGUGGUGUUGGAGGAACCCAUCCUGCUGGAGGUCGGACAGAGACACGGAGACACCAAUGAUAACAAGACAGCACUGGGACCGGAGGACGUGUCAAAGAUGGGCUGCCCCUGUCUGGGUGAGCACACCAAGCUGGAGGUGGUUAUUGAGGAGUCCUAUGAGUUCAAGAGCACAGUGGACAAGCUGAUUAAGAAAACAAACCUGGCUCUGGUGGUGGGAAGCAGCAGCUGGAGAGAGCAGUUUGUUAGUGCCGUCACUGUCAGCGCAGGUGACGAUGACGAAGAAGACAGUGGUGAGGAACGCUUGCCGUCCUGCUUUGAUUACAUCAUGCAUUUCCUGACAGUUUUCUGGAAAGUCCUCUUCGCUUUUGUCCCACCCACUGAGUACUGGAAUGGCUGGGCCUGUUUUUUUGUGUCCAUUUCCCUCAUCGGCGUACUGACUGCUGUGACUGGGGACCUGGCCUCCCAUUUCGGCUGCACCGUCGGCCUCAAAGACUCGGUCACUGCUGUUGUGUUCGUGGCACUUGGCACCUCUGUCCCAGAUACUUUUGCCAGUAAAGUCGCCGCCAUCCAGGACCAGUAUGCAGACGCCUCCAUCGGCAACGUGACGGGCAGCAACGCGGUGAAUGUCUUCUUGGGCAUCGGGGUGGCAUGGACCAUCGCUUCUGUUUACUGGCAUACCAAAGGCAAGGUGUUCAAGGUGGACCCCGGCUCCUUGGCCUUUUCCGUCACUCUCUUCACCAUCAUGGCGCUGGUGUGUGUGCUGGUGCUGCUCUACCGCCGACGUCCCAAUGUGGCAGGCGGAGAGCUGGGGGGCCCACGGACACCCAAGCUCUUCACUUUAAUGUUGUUCAUUUCCUUGUGGUUCAUCUACAUCCUGCUAUCCUCACUGGAGGCAUACUGCCACGUGCCUGGCUUCUGAGACUGAGGGAAACGCACAGACCAGCUCCUCUCCUUGUUUUUAUGAUCUUCUGGUGUGUUUUCUCUCGUUUUUUUGUCUAUUUUCGCAAAGGUUUAUAUAUCGAUUUGUAUCAUAAGUUAUUAUUGAUACCGCACAAUAUCUGACUUUGAAUCUUUGGACUUUUGCUACCACCCACUUUGCUGUGAAGCACAGCUUUAGCCACUGAACGUGAGCCCUUCCUCUUUUUUGAAACAUUUUAUUCCACAGGACAUUUAUCUAAUCACUGCUAUCAGCAUCGAUCACAUGAAACCUUUUGACACUUUUCUGGCAUCAUGUCCUUUUCUCUGUGUGGACAUUUUUUGUGUUAUAAAGUGUUAAAGAAAGCACAAGAAAAAGUAAGCACUUGUUAUUUUAAGGGUGUUAUAACAUGAGAAUUGCAGUUGGUGCAUGGGGCGACAUUAUACUUGACAUUUACGUACCAAGAAAGACAUUACCGAGGCUGAAGUGACUCGUAAAAUGUGUGUUGAUAUUUAUUACUCAAUCUAUACAUUAAUUAUUCAUUGUAUAUCAUGUAAAAGGUGAACAUCGUGCUUGGGAGUUUUGUGAAAGAGUAGGUGUGUUUUUUUAAUUUUUGCACGUUAUCAGAAUAAGAGUUUCUUGGUAAUCUAUUUUAAAAAGUACUGUAUGUAAUAUUUUGACAUGGCUGUUGACGUGUUGAUGUGUUCCUGUACAUGUGAAACACAGCUGUAUCACAAUCUCUUCACUGCCUGGUCCCCUUUCCUGCUAAGCUUUUCAGUCAGUGUCAUAUUCAGGGUUUUAGAACGCCUUUUUUAUUUUUACAACAUAAAUCAACCGGAGCAGAGUUCCGCUUUGAAUUGUACUAUGAAGUAUAAAAAAUAUUUUUUUUGCGUGGCUGUGUGUGUGUGUGUGUGUGUGUGUGUGUGUGUGUGUGUGCUUCUCUGCUCUCCAGCACAAGUUGGAGAAAGGCUUUGCACUAUCUGAUCAUUGAUAACACAAUCAUUGCUGGUGUUCAUGACAUUAAAGUGCAGCCUGAUAGUCUGUCGCGCUGACACUGUGAACAUUUUUAACAUAACCACUUUGAGAAAAAGCACAGUUUUUUUUUGUUCAGUUAACGUAAGCAGGUUUUAGAUCCUAAUCAUAGCACAAUCACUGAGAAGCUCCAUCCUUUUCGAUGAGAAAAUUUGCCAAAAGAGAAGACAUGUACAGAACUCCCUGAGGAUGUCUCCUUGUGUUGCACAGCAGUUGAUAUUGAAGUUUGGUUUUUAUUUAACCUAGACUCUGUAGAGCCAUAUUUAUUGUAAAAGUAUUACAGUAGAGGUAUUUAUAUGAUAAAUUUCAGUUUUAUUGAUAUGCACGUUUAAUGUACAAAAAGUGGAAAUAAAUGUUGCUGAUUUAUGAUGAUGUGAAA